AUAAUAAUUGUUAUGGAUUUGCUUAUAUAUAUAGUUUCAAGUCUUUUAUCUAACUCCAUUAUAACACACAAACACAAGUCAACUUUGCAUUAUAACUCCAUUUGCCCUCCUGGUUCAUCUUGUUCUCUACCAUGGCUGAUUCAAAAUCUGGUGACACGGAAGUAGCGCAUCGCUCUAGCGAUCCAAGCGAAAAGCGUGGUGGCUGGAUCACUUUACCGUUCAUGCUAGUUACAUUAUUAGGCAUGUCCAUAACUUCUUUCGGAUGGGGAAUGAACUUGAUCGUCUUCUUGAUCGAGGAAUUCCACAUCAAGAACAUCGCUGCUGCUCAGAUUUCAAAUGUUGUCAAUGGAGUUGUCAACAUGUUACCUGUUGUUGCAGCCAUCCUAGCUGAUUCCUUUUUUGGGAACAUUCCCGUCAUCUCCACCUCCACUUUCAUUUCUCUGGCUGGAACCUCUCUCUUGACCUUAAUCACAUCUUUGAACUACUUGAUGCCUAGACCGUGUGAAACGGGGUCAAUUCUAUGCCAGUCGCCAUCAAAACUACAGCUUGGGAUCUUGUAUGUAGCCUUAGCUCUAGUGAUCAUUGGAUCAGCUGGGACGCGGUUCACCUUGGCAGCCGCGGGUGCGAACCAAUAUAAGAAGCCUAAAGAACAAGGAAGAUUCUUCAACUGGUUCUUCCUUGCACUGUAUAUUGGAGCUAUUACUGGCACGACAGCGAUUGUAUAUACACAAGACAAUGCUAGCUGGAAACUUGGGUUCGGUCUAUGUGCCGUUGCUAACUUGAUCAGUUUCAUCGUUUUCAUCGCCGGGGUUAGAUUCUACAAGCAUGACAAACCCUUGGGAAGUCCUUAUACAAGCCUGAUCCGUGUUUUAGUUGCUGCUACAAUGAAAAGAAAGGCAGUGAUUUCAUCAAAAGACGAAGACUAUCAUCAAUAUGGUCUCGGGAAAGAGGCCAAGACUUAUACUACAAUGCCCUCCAAGAGCUUUAGGUUCUUGAACCGUGCAGCAUUAAAGAACAAAGAAGAUUUAAACACGAGUGGUGACUCAAGUAAUAACAUGUGGAGGCUAUGCUCUGUUCAGGAAGUAGAAGACUUCAAAGCCAUUCUCCGACUUGUACCUCUCUGGGCAGCCGUCAUGUUCCUCAGCACUCCCGUGGCAGUACAAAUGAGCAUGACGGUUCUCCAAGCUUUGGUCAUGGACCGCAAACUUAGCCCGCACUUCGAAGUCUCUGCCGGGUCUCUACAAGUCAUAGUACUCGUCUUUGGUUGUGUCUUUAUCAUGCUCAACAACUGGAUCAUCUAUCCCAUGUACCAAAAGCUAAUCGGCAAACCACUGACACCACUUCAACAAGUUGGGAUCGGUCACGUUUUCACCAUCCUAAGCAUGGCGAUAUCAGCUGUUGUGGAAGCAAAGAGACUGAAAACAGUUGAAAAUGGAGGCCAUCCCAUGUCAGUGCUAUGGCUAGUUCCUGCUCUUGUGAUGGUUGGAAUAGGCGAGGCGUUUCAUUUUCCCGCGAAUGUUGCAGUAUUCUAUGGAGAAUUCCCUGAGUCUCUGAAGAACACCGCAACUUCAUUGACCUCAGUGGUGAUUGGAAUCUCUUUCUAUCUGAGCACAGCUGUUAUCGACGUGAUCCAAAGAACCACCUCGUGGUUACCAAAUGACAUAAACCAUGGAAGAGUUGACAAUGUUUACUGGGUUGUAGUCAUAGGAGGAGUCUUGAAUCUCGGCUAUUUCCUUGUCUGCUCUUGGUUUUACAAAUACAGAAACCUCAAGGAUGAUGAUCAUGAACAAGAUCCUAAAGAUGUUAAAACCUAGGACACAACAUGUUGUUUUCCUAGUUUUCUUUGCAUUGUAGUAGUCUUGAUAAUCAACCUAAGACACAACAUGUUCUUGUAAAAAUUACAAUGAAAAUAAUGAAGGAACCAGUUUCAUGACUUCCACAGAUCUUUCGGUUUGUGAAACUUCACCAA